UUUUUAAUGAUGGAACCAUGGCUUUGUAGCUGUGAUAACUUUCAAUUCUCUAAAUUUUUCCGCAUGUCAAAGAAAACAUUUAUUGAUUCAGCAGAAAUGAUGAAAAAAGAAAUUAGCAAAACCGUAUACAGGUGGAUAUCAUCUAGUGAGUUUAUAUGGCCAUAUUUUAAUAUUCUUGUGGUAUAUGGCUACAGCGGAUACUUUGUUAAGCAUAGGAACUACAUUUAAAAUGUCCCCAACAACCGUAAUGAGUAUAACUAAUAAGGUGCUUAUGGUGAAACUGAAGUCAGCCUGUAUCAUUUUUCUCAAAAAUGAAGCUGAAGUACAAUAACAAUAUCCAAUACCCGGCAAAAUUCUAACUUGUCACAUUUCAAAUAAUAACCAGAAAUAUAAAACUACUCUUGAGUUGGGUAAAUACCACAAUUUUGCGGUGAUAACUAUGACAUAUAACAGCUGAUUCGUGACGUCACGGAUCUUAUAACCAAACUGAUAACUACACUCGCUUGAACGGAUAGGUAAAUACCAACCCAAAAUGGUAAAUACCAUUUCCAUUUGGUUAUCCGCUUGAAUUUGAUUUAUAUAUCGUGCUCAGUGAUCAGCAGUUUCUAAAGAAACAAUCUGAAAACCGAGUAAAUUACAAUACAAACAGAUGAAUUGAUGUGACGUAGUUAUUUAGACUAUAAAUAAAGUAUCCUCAUUUUAUCUGACAUUCACAUCUGUUUACAAGUAUGCGGUAAAGAAAUAACCGUACAACAGUACUCGCUGCAACAAAUAUUCAACUUAAAACACAGUACAACCAAAUAGAACCUUGCAAGUUAUUUUUCAGAAUUGUGCAACAAAAAAAUGAGCGACCUAAAUAUAGCCGUGCUAGGCGCAGGUGUUGUUGGCUUAACUACUGCACUUGAACUUCAAAAAUUAUACAGGAAUGCGCAUAUUGAUGUGAUUGCUAGUUGUUUCGAAUCUGAUACUACAAGCAAUGUGGCCGCUGGAUUGUUUAGACCAGGAACCAGUUUUUGUGGACCAAAUGAAGAAAUAACACGACGUUGGAUAAGCGAUGCUUAUCGAUACUGGGAUUACUUGAGAAACACUUCAGAAGGGGCUUUAGCAGGUGUGACUCAAGUCUCAGGGUAUAUAUUUUCCAGCAAAUACCCAAAUAUCGUCAGGAAUCAUUAUAUAGAGAAAUUGGUCCCCGUAUAUCGCCCCGCUACUGAAAAAGAACUUAAACUAUGCCCUGGAGACUGGCUAUACGGCUCUUUCUUCACAACAGUCCUCACUUCGUGUGAAUACUACUUACCCUGGGCCGCCAACAAGUUUUUAGAGAGAGGAGGGAAAAUCCAAAAGCAUCACGUAGAAGAUUUUGCAUCCAUUUCUCUAGGUUAUGACAUAUUAGUCAACUGUACUGGUUUAGGUGCAAAACACCUAUGUGAUGAUAAUAAGUUGGUUCCCAUAAGAGGACAAGUUAUCAAGGUGCAGGCUCCCUGGAUAAAAACAUUCUUUUACGGCGACUAUGACACUUACAUCAUCCCAGGAAUCAACUCGGUCACCUUAGGCGGAUGUCGCCAAUACGACUCAUACGAACAAAGUGUCAAUAAGUACGACAGUCUCAAUAUCAAAGAAAGAUGCGAAGCACUUGUACCGAACUUGAAAAGCGCCAAGCCUAUCAAGGAGUUAGUGGGAUUGAGACCUCAUAGGGAUCCGGUUAGAGUGGAGAAAGAAGUUAGGCACUGCAAUGGGAAGAAAAUAAAAAUUGUUCAUAAUUAUGGACAUGGGGGAUAUGGGGUCACAACAGCACCUGGUACUGCUAUUUAUGCUUGUGAGUUAGUUAGGGAGACUUUGGCAGGGAACAGCAAACUAUAAUGCAGUUUUGCAUAUUAGUUGAAGUCAGAAUUAAUUUCUACAGCCCACUUUAUCACUCGAAACUCGAGGUCUUCUGGCCAUUAUACGAUAAGGCUCUUGUUGGUGACUUCGUGUGUCGUUUUGUUCUCUCUCCAUCUUCGUGUCCUCAGGUUACACCCAUAUCCGGAUGUAUGGGCAUGUGUGUCUACUUUUGUAGUUGCAUAUGUGCAUUCAUUUCGGGCGUGAUGAAGCCAACACGCUCAACGGUUUUCCUCAUGUUUCACAAAAAAAGUAUGCUAGAUGAUAAAAUAGUGCAUAUACUUCCGUAAAAUUUAUGGAAAAUUUUAUUUUUAUACAUACUAAAAAUAUAACUAUCAAGUACAAUCGAUAUCUUAUUCCUACUAUGAACAUUUAUAAGCUAUAACUAGAAAACAAAGAUAAAUAACUUUAAGAUCAAUAACACUAACAACCAGCAUGCAAAAUGUAAAAAAUUUGAAAGUGCAUAGUAAGUACUUUUCAAUUAUGUGAAACAGUUUACCCCUGAAAAAUUAUUUCAAUGCAUUUUCGAGAGCUUAAGUGGAAAAUGAGCCUCAGUACUUACGAAUUUAAAAUAAUUUUCACAAUGCGCACUCCACUCAUUUUUGGGAAGAAUUGAGGAAACAUGUUGUCACAAAUUUAAAAAUAAUAAUGUUAUUAAGAGCUUGCCAAUAUGUUUGUAUCUUACUAUUUGUAUAUCAAUUACAGCUAUUGUAAGAGAAAAAUGUUUGGCCGAUUCUAUCACUAUACACUUCCACAGGUGUAAACUUAUACUAAAGGCACUUUUUGCCGACAAGAAUAUAUCUCAUGAUGGGGUAGUUACGAUGGAGUUUUUUUUUUUAAAACAGGAACACGACAGAUAACUGGGCAACCUGUCUAGGAUCCUGUUACAAUAAAGUCGUCAUUUUGAGCAUGAGAUGAACACUGGACCCCUAAUUUUUUAUAUAUUUGUACACGCCUUGAACAUUUCCUUGAGAAAUGUAGAUGCUUUUUUGGUAUAUGAAUCCCACAUUCCGCAGAGACAGCGUACUUCAGGAUGACUCUAUUAUAAAAGAUCCAAAACCUUUCAUAAUAUAGAGCUUUAGCAAUCACAGUUACCUCUCAUACGUUAACAUUAACUUUAUUUAACACAUAAAUCACUGAUUUCUGAUAAGUUAAACGUUAACUAAAAAAUAAACGGUUUUUGUACCAACCUAACCUCAAAUUGCGAAACACUACUAUGGAUAAAAAAAUCUAAGUAGAAACUCAUUUCUUCUUGAAUAUUCCUUGCAAAUUCGGUAAAGCAUUUGGCUUGGGCAUUCCUGGUUUAUUGAAUAUUUUACUGACUCUUUGCCGCAUCUCCUCCACGCUCUGGUUGACGUUUUGCGUGAGCUUUGACGUGUUCUCAGUCGGCAUUUGGUUAGUGGCGACAUCUACUCUAUUAUCACAUUCUUUGAUCAUGGAGACUACAGUGUCACAAUGAUGGAUGAGCGAUUGGUUUUCUAAAAUUACUGUUUCUAAGUACCUGGAAGGAAAUUCAGUUUUACUAUUAAUUCACGUAUUUUACCCAAAGAUAACCAUAUAUGUUUAAGGUCAUUAAAUCAUUGAUAUAGACUAAGAAUAGGAUUGGACCUAAUACCGAUCUUUGAGGUACUCCUGCGUUUAUAUUUAAUUUAUUUGAAAUAUAAUUUCUUGAUAAUUUUACAAUUUUGGAUCGAUUAUUUAAAUAUGUUUUAAACCGAUUAAGUGUUGUGUGGUUUCAACUUGUAGCAUAAAACGCGGGGCAUAAAAGCCAAAACUCAAACAGAGCUUAAUGGGUUAAUAAUACAAUUCACUGAAAUAGCAAAAUUUAAGAAAAUCAUUGAAAAGGGUUUGGCCUAGGACUUGGCUCUCUACAAUUAAUAGAGAAAUUCAAAUUACUAGUGAGUGAUUAAAAUAGUAAAAAGAAAGGUUAUGUGAUUUUGGCAUGUGACAACCUUUUUUUGUAACCGAAAUCCGGUAGAUCAUCCAAAGUAGAAAAUGAUCUGCUGAUGUUGGGCGACCAGAUAAAUUGGCAUUGCGUCAUCCUCGUUGGGCCUGAGGAUAACCUCGUAUAUAUGCGAUACGUUAUAUGUAUAUUCAGUUAUUUAUACGACUGAAAUCUACAACGACCGUUACUCUAAAAUGAACUGAAACGACUGCACAUACGAAACUAAUUCUCCAAUUCUGCAAUAUCAGUACAUUGCAUUUUUAGCCCAUUAAGUUAUGUUCUAGUUUUGGUACCUUUUUGUUAUACCCCGCGUUUUAAAUCACAAGGUCACACCUCAAUAGUAUAUCUAUUUCCAAGCGUAUAUUUACUUAUAGCGUAAUAAAUUUGCUACAAUAUUAUGUACUGAAGUAACACUAUUGAUCGUCCAGUACAGUUCAAUUCCAAACCAAGCUGUCGAUAUGGCAAAUUUAAAUUUAUCAUUACAUAUUGCAGUACUUUCCAAGGGCUCAUCGCAUCUAGGCUAGGGCAUGAAGUCUUUGGUUGUGCUUACCGACACUUGUUAAUGCCGCUUUAGUUAAAGACACAAAUAUUUAGUCUCAAGGGAUUAGAAAAAAAUACCCCAUUCUCACCUCUUCUUGAGACGACAGCCCUUCUAGAAUUAAAUAAUGUAAUAAGCACAUUCAAAUCUUCAAAGGCACCAGGACCAGAUGGUAUUCAAAUAAAUGCUAUAAAACAUCCAGGGGCCACGGUUAAAGCUCAACUGGCUCACAUUAUAAAUUGAAUUCUUAGUAAUGGAUAUUUUCCUCAACUUUGGAAAUUAAUAUUUCUCCAUAAAGGUUUUAGAGAUCUUAGACUACCAGAAGCAACCAAGCCAAUCACCUUGCUCAAUAUAAUGGGUAAAAUUGUAGAGAAAGUUAUACACAAACGCAACUUUUUCGAACAGUUAAAGUCAUUACAGAUGCACUUUGACAACGAUAUCAUGUAGCAGCGGUUACUACCGAUAUCUCAAAAGCCUUUGACUCUAUAACUCAUAGUGCUGGUAUUUACAAGUUACAACAAACGGAUAUCCGUAGCAAUGUUAUCAAGAUUAUAGAAAAAUAUUUGCUCAUCCGAUAAACACGCGGCAUAACCAAUCAUGUCAAAACAAAAAUAUACCACCAACUCUAUGGAGUACCCCAUGGAUCUAUCCUAGGACCCUACCUGUGGAACCUACACAUUGCUGAUCUGCCAGUAGAAAACAUUGCAGGACAAACGACGUCACAAUACUCAGAUGAUUUGUGAGUGCUAAAUGAAUCCAAACAGCAAAACAGUUAUCAUGACAGCAAAGUGGGCAAUGGAAGAAAUAUUUGAUCACUAUGAUCGGUGGGGACUUACUUGUAAUAAUCAGAAAACCGAGUUUUGUAUUUGGACGAACACGAACGUACCCUAAACAGAUCGUGUUUGGCGGGAAUGGGGAGCCAACAGCAUAACCCCCGUCCUCGAUGAAAUACCUUGGGCUCAAUCUUAAUAAGACAGUAAGCACGGACUGCCUCAUUAAAGAAAGAAUCCUUAAGGCUAAUCGUGCUGCUUACGUUCUGACUCCAAUCGUUGACCAGCUCCAAGUUAUAGAAGUGAAAUUGAAAAUAACUGAACCAGGCAUUUACACUGUACUAACAUUCGGAAGUACUGCUGUGUUCCCACGCAUAAGUGAAAGUGGCAUUCUUAAAUUAGAGUGGUACCUUAAGAACAUAUAUAAAAGAGCUGAGCGGUUCCAAAACUGCAUUUCAGAUGACAUACUUUGGGAGAUGCUACAAAAGGACAGCGUGGCAAGACGCCUGGAUCAGGCGCAUAAGAAAUUUCUCAAAAACACCGAGGAAAACAAAUCAGUGAAGCCGAUUUUGACCAAAGUAGAUCAUCCUAUCAGCCAACCAAGCCAGCGAUGUCAAAUCCAGCCUCCAAAAUUCAAGUGUCCCGUACCCGAUAUCUCACAAAGAAGUACAUAUUUUGAAUGUAUGUUAUACAGAAGUAAUAUAUUAUUUUUUUUCAUUGUUUUCAAAUUGGAAAUUAAAUUUAUAGAUUGUAUUAUACCAAUGAAUAAAUUCUCUACAAAAGAUGCCCAACCAUAUGCUGUACUUAGACGUUCACAUGAAUUUUCAUCGGAGUAAUUGUUUAUCCCUAAACGUGGCA